CCGGAGGCAAUCGAGAAGGAGGAGGAAGCGGCUGUGGCGGCUGCCGCGGCGCCUGUGACGGGGGCUGGGGUGGGCGCCGCGGUCCGGGCCCGGGAGUGAGGCGCGGGCGGCCGGGCCGGUGGGCUGGGCGGCGGGCCCGGCGGCCGCCCCCGCGCCGCGCCCGCGCCUGGCGGCCCGAUGUGGCUGCAGCAGCGGCUUAAGGGGCUGCCGGGACUGCUGUCGAGCAGCUGGGCCCGCCGCCUACUCUGCCUGCUCGGCCUCCUGGUGCUGCUCCUGUGGUUCGCGGGCUCCGGGGCGCGGCGGGUGGCGGGCGGUCUGCAGCUGCUGCCCUGGCCCCGCGGCGAGCCGGGCGCCGCCGAGCCCUCUGCCUGUCUGGAGGCAGCCACCCGCGCGUGGCGCGGCCUGCGGGAGCGGGGCGAGGCUGUACCGCUGGGCCCCGGAGUGCCGGCCCUGGUGGCCAACGGCUUCCUGGCCCUGGACGUGGUCGCCAACCGGCUGUGGGUGACCCCUGGGGAGCGGGAGCCCGCCGUGGCGGCGGACUUCGUGCCCUUCGUGCAGCUGCGCCCGCUGAGCGCGCUUUCUGAAGCUGGAGAGUCAGUGUUGCUGCUGCGGGAAGGGCUGCUGCGGCGGGUGCGCUGCCUGCAGCUCGGGACUCCGGGUCCCGGCCCUGCGGCCGCCGGCCCGGGCCCCGCCUCGGCCUCCGGCCUCGUCACGGGAUCCGGCCGAGACUGCGUGCUGCUGCAAGAGGACUUCCUGGCGCACCGGGGCCGACCCCACGUCUAUCUGCAGCGCAUCCAGCUCAACAACCCCACGGAACGCGUGGCCGCGCUGCAGACUGUCGGGCCCACUGCCGGCCCGGCCCCCAAGGCUUUCACCAGCACCCUGGAGAAGGUCGGAGACCAUCAGUUUCUCCUCUACUCGGGCCGGUCCCCGCCUUUUCCCACGGGGCUGGUGCACCUGCUGGUGGUGGCCGCCAAGAAGUUAGUGAACCGUCUCCAAGUGGCUCCCAAGACGCAGCUGGACGAGACUGUGCUGUGGGUGGUGCACGUCUCCGGCCCUCUUAACCCCCAGGUGCUCAAAAGCAAAGCAGGCAAGGAGCUCAAGGUGCUCCAGGACUUGGCACGGAAGGAAAUGCUGGAGCUCUUGGAGAUGCCGGCGGCGGAGCUGCUUCAAGACCACCAGCGCCUCUGGGCCCAGCUCUUCAGCCCAGGUGUGGAAAUGAAGAAGAUCACCGAUGCCCACACUCCAUCAGGCCUGACCGUGAACCUGACGCUGUACUACAUGCUCUCCUGCUCCCCCGCACCGCUGCUCAGCCCCGACCUGAGCCACAGGGAGCGGGACCAGAUGGAGUCGACACUCAACUACGAAGAUCACUGCUUCAGCGGCCACGCCACCAUGCACGCCGGGAACCUCUGGCCGGGCCGCCUGUCCUCCAUCCAGCAGAUCCUGCAGCUCUGGGACCUGUGGAGGCUGACCCUGCAGAAGCGCGGCUGCAAGGGGCUGGUGCGGGCGGGCGCCCCGGGCAUCCUGCAGGGCAUGGUGCUCAGCUUCGGCGGCCUGCAGUUCACCGAGAACCACCUCCAGUUCCAGGCCGACCCCGACGUGCUGCACAACAGCUACGCCCUGCAUGGCAUCCGCUACAAGAAUGACCACAUCAACCUGGCCGUGCUCGCGGACCCCGAGGGCAAGCCGUACCUGCACGUGUCGGUGGAGUCCCGCGGCCAGCUCGUCAAGAUCUACGCCUGCGAAGCGGGCUGCCUGGACGAGCCUGUGGAGCUGACCUCGGCGCCCCAGGGCCACACCUUCUCGGUCAUGGUGACGCAGCCCAUCACGCCGCUGCUCUACAUCUCCACCGACCUCACGCACCUGCAGGACCUGCGGCACACGCUGCACCUCAAGGCCAUCCUGGCCCACGACGAGCACAUGGCCCAGCAGGACCCCGGGCUGCCCUUCCUCUUCUGGUUCAGCGUGGCCUCCCUCAUCACCCUCUUCCACCUCUUCCUAUUCAAGCUCAUCUACAACGAGUACUGUGGGCCUGGCGCCAAGCCCCUCUUCAGGAGUAAGGAAGAUCCCAGUGUCUGAGUGGCCUCAGUCCUGCUUUCAGUCACCACUUGCACAAGACACCCAACACUGAAAGUCCUGCUGCUGCGAACAAGGGAUCCUUGGAAAGCACCCAGCCUUUUGUGCCUUGUUGGGGGACACCAGUGACUCGGAAGUGCGUGUGGAUGUUCAGGAGUUUGCAUCGGGGAGCGGGAGGGGAGGGGCUGGUGGACUUUUUGUAAGCUUUCGACUCAAUAAAAUGAACCUAUACGGAAAAUACUUGAAAUUGAACUCACUCUUUCCACUUUCCUCCUUUCUUCUGUCCCAGGAAAUAGACCCUCUUUUGAAAAGACUUGUCUAGGAAAAAAUGUGUUCUUUUCCUAAUUUAAUGUGUUCUUUCUUGAAUGAAUUUUUAAUUUAUUGUUGAGAUUUUGCUGGAUGGCUUUUGCAUCCACUCUUGGUAGUGAAUCUUGGCAGUGAUUUCCAAUAUGCACCACCUCGGGAGGUUUGGAGGCCCGCAUGCCGCCUGCGUGGAGGGGGUGGGUCUCUGUCGCCCUCGGGUUUGCACAUUGCGUCUUUCUUAUCAUGAGCCUAUAGAGAUCUGUGGUUUUGUACCUCUGGGCUUUAGGGGAGGUGUUUAACUUUCUAGUGAUGAUGAUUGUUGGGUUUUGGAAUACCAAAGCUUUUUUUUGUGUUCUGUUUUUAAAUAAAUCUCUUUCAAACCUCCA